AUGGGAAUCACACAAAACAAACUGUUAACCGUUGUAAAAUCCAUCUCUCUAGAACAUUUAGAAUCUGGACUAAAUGCUGAAGAAGCAGAAUCACUUUGGAAGGAAGCAGAUCUCAACCAUGAUGGAAUUUUAUCCGAAAGUGAAGCAAAAUCACUUUUAAAAAACCUAAACCUCACAAUUAUGGAAAGAUUAAGAAAGGCAAUGUCUGAUCUCGAUCAAUAUCUUCAAUCUGAUGAAUUAUUAAAAGAAUGGAUGAAAGAAUGUGAUGAAAAUCAAGACGGAAAAAUUACAAAAGAUGAAUUUCUUAAAAUGGUAAUGAGUGGACAUGCAGUUGAUACAAUUCCAAAGAUUUUACUUGAUUCAAUUCAUGGCAUUGAGGAACAAUCAGAAAAGAAGAGAAAGAGACAAGUUGAAGAUCAAGCUAAGGAAGAUUCGGAUAAAGAGGAAGAAGAGGAAGAAAAGGAAGAAGAAGAAACUUUUGAAUCUGAACUGAAAAAGGUUAAAUUCACAACACUUGUUUAA